AUGUCGGCGAAGCCGCCGCGAACCGCGUCGACACCUCUCAAGCCUGAUGCGUUUCGGCAUUACGUGCGCAAUCAUCCUGACCAGCAUUUUGUAAGUGUGAUUGUUGACAUGAUCACUAAUGGUGCAGAUAUUGGUUAAUUCGGGCCUGUUUGUUCUCGUUUUACCGCUAACGCUAAAACUGCGCGCGAUCACCAUGACGCUUCGCUAAAAGCUAUCGAAAAAGAAGUUUUGUUGGGACAUACAGUCGGUCCUUUUACGAAGCCGCCAUUUAAGCAUUUUUCUAUCAGUUCACUCGGCGUGCGUGAAAAGAAGCUGAGUGGACAUCGAGUUAUUCUUGAUUUAUCCCGGCCAGUUGGUAAUAGUGUCAACGAUUAUAUCGAUGCUGAAGCGUACACGGUCUCUUAUUGUGCAGUUGACGAUGCCGUUCAAUUGUUGACACGUAUGGGAGUCGGGGCGUUAAUGUGUAAACAGGAUAUUAAGCAUGCUUUUCGCUUAUUUGCUGUGCGUUCUGCCGAUUGGCCUUUGUUAGGCUAUAAAGUUGGAAAUCACUUUUAUUACGAUAUUGUUCUGCCAUUCGGUGGAAUAUCGUCUCCGCGUCUUUUUUGCAUGAUCUCUGACGCUUUACAUUGGAUUGUGGCAAAUGUUUCAGGAAAAUUUAGCAUUUUGCAUUAUGUUGAUGAUUUCUUCAUUGUUGAACUUACGGUGGAAGCCUGCCAGUUUAUCGUUAACCUGUUACUGCAAAUUGCUCAAGAUCUCGGUAUUCCUUUUUCCUUCGACAAAGCUGAAGGUCCUUCAACCUGUUUGCCGUUUCUUGGUAUCACUUUUAAUUCAGUGUCACAAACUUUAUCCCUCCCAGCGGGUAAAUUAGAACAACUUAUUGCGUUAAUUAAUGUGUGGCUGGCGCAGCCCAUUUGGUCCAAGACUGAGCUUCAAAGCCUCUUCGGCUCAUUGCAGUUUGCCGCAAAGUGUGUUCCUGCUGGACUUUUAUUCACGCGUAGACUAAUUAAUCUGCUAUCUUCGCCAGAUCCAAAUCGAAUCGUUAUCACUAAUGAUAUUUAUGAUGAUCUUCGUUGGUGGGCAGAGUUUUUGCCAAAGUGGAAUGGCUGUGCCUCAUUCCUGUCUGUUAACUGGUCUCAUCCUGACGCUCUUCAUCUGUAUACAGAUGCAGCUGCCGGCACCGGUUUAGCCGCGUAUUUUGAUGGGGAAUGGUUUGCAUGCCGCUGGCCAUCACAGGAAAUUGCUCAACGGUGCAUCGCAUUUCUGGAAAUCAUUCCUGUUUAUGUUGCGUGCUUAGUUUGGGCAGGAAAAUUUCGGAAACAACGAAUUAUUUUUCAUUGUGACAACAUGGCGGUGGUUCAGUGCUGGUAUGCAACAGUCUACCAUUUGAUGCAGCAUCAUAUUUCCGCAUCAACUCGGAAAACGUAUUUGACCGCAUUGAAUCAAUUUUUGCAGUUCCUGUCUGCUUCACUUUGCAAUUCGUCACUGUUUGCCGAAGUCAACGUGCUGAAUUUCAUUGCUCAUUUAUAUCGUUGUGGCCAUAAGUUUUCAUGUGUGCGAACAUAUCUUGCCGGAAUCACAAAAUACGCGCUUGAAAGUGGUGUAUCUGAUCCCGUAUUGUCCAUAAACGUUCAACAUGCAUUUAAGGGAUUUCAGCGGUUGGCUCGUAUCAUGCCUGAUAACCGAAUGCCAGUUUCAUUAGUCAUAAUGCGAUUGUUAAAAGCCAGAAUUAUUGCUUAUCGUUAUAUGACCAAUCAUUACUUUGGUGCGCAAUGUGUUUUGCAUUCUUUGGUUUUUUGCGUAUCUCUGAAUUUGCAGUUUUGUUGAGCAAUAAGCACACUGUUUAGUUUCGACACGUCACCUUUGAUGGGCAUCAUGUGUCACUUGUUAUUCCAAGUUCUAAAACCGACCAAUUUUCUCAUGGUUAUACAGUGCAUUUUAAUUCAACUGAGCGUUCAAUUUGUCCUGUUCGUGCAUAUAUUCGUUAUUCGCGAUACCGUGCCCAUAUUGAUGUUCAAGCUCCAUUUUUUGUGUUUCGUGAUGGGUCAUCAUUGUCUCGGAAUUAU